CGCGCGCCUCUUUUCAUCUUAUAUCCGAGUGCAGCCCAGCCGCGUACUUCUUAAUUGUAAACGGCGAGUGCAAGUUCUCUCAUCAGCUUCCUGUGGAUUUAUGUGAAGACAUGCAGGCAUCAAAGGAGACUUAAGUACAGGCGAAGAAACAUCAAAUAUGUUCAAAGCAGUCUUUGGAAGCAAGAAGGAGGGAGGAGGAAAACGAGGGGACAAAAAGAGACAGAAACAUGCAGGCGGUGAAGCAUACACCCCCAGCACCCUGCAAAAGGGUAACGGCCAGAGGUUUGCCCAUGUCCACAGCCGUAACAGCGGCACCCCCAGAAAAGUGAAGAGACUGACCAAGGGCGUGUCCGUCUCGCUACCGUCCUCCCCCAUCCUCCCUCGACAGACUGACAUAGCAUCCUCUCAGUCUUGCCUCAGAUUUCCAGAACGGCUAAGGAAGCUGGAGUAUGUGGACGGCUCUUCCAGAGCGAGAGAACCUCCUGUCUUUGCCUCGCGCCGUGGCAAGACAGACCACAGAGACCUCCACGUGGAGCCCCACCACGGCUCCUCCCUUUCUACCCAGGAGCUGAUGACCAGACUAUGUUUCUUACUGGGAGAAGCCACGACCAGCACUGCUAGCUCUCCUAUGGAGGACAGGAGGGAAAAGAAGUGUGACACUGUCUACGGGGGGAGUCCCAGCUCCACUCUGACCUGCAGCACCACCUCCCCCUGUUCAGAGAGCCCCACAUCCACCCUGAGUACCAGCGCUGGAGGCCAGCCCUUACCCCAGUCUUUACCCUUAUCAUCUCCUCGCUGUGGCUCCGGAUCCAGCCCCAGUGGAACCCUCUCCAGCCCGGGACGCAGUCCAGCACGCAGCCCCGUUCGUAGCCCCGCCCCAUGUCCUACUUCUGGACUCAUCUCUGCCAGCAGCCCUGGACCUCCAUCCCAAAGCCCCAACUCAACCUUGGAGAGCAAAGAUAGUGGAAUUAUAGCAACCAUCACUAGUUCUUCUGAGAAUGAAGAGCGCAGCACAUCCAGUGAGGUUCUGACAAAGGAGGAGGGCCCGGGUGGCUGCACUGGCAUCAUGGGUCAUGCAAGCGAGGACCAGCAUGUUGGGCAAACCAGAGAGAGAGCCUUACCCAGAACAGAGAUCAUGGAGCCCAGGACUCCACCUGCACCCAAAAGACCCCUUCCUCAGCACCACCUGCAUGGAUCUUCCUCUCUUGUGAUGCCUCGGCCAAACUCGGUGGCAGCAACAAGCUCCACUCGGUUGGAAGAUUUGAGUUAUCUGGACAACCAGAGGGCUGCUGGGCACCGGAGCUCCUUCCGUAAGCACAACACAUCUGGACGUACAAGUGAUGACUUCAAAGGGAGGCUGGCACCAGUCAAACAAGCAGACAUCAUGCUAAAACCGCUCCUGUUCGAAGUUCCCGGCGCCACCGCAGAAACACCUUUCGUUGGACGGAAUUGGCUCUUUACUCGUCUGGAGGACGUCUUGAGAAAAACGAGCAGCUGCGAGGGCCGCGGCACAGUUAUUGUGGGGAACGCGGGGUCUGGCAAGACUGCCAUCAUCUGGCGGCUGGUGACGCUCAGCUGUCAUGGCACGCGCACACCACAAGGAGGUUCCAGCAUGCCUCACAGCCCAAGCUCCUCCCCUAAAUUUGGGGAGAAGCACGGAAAAGGAGUGUCCAAACAGCCCGUUGAUUCCCAGUCCAACCAGGGCUCUGCUGCAACGGCAAGUGAUAAUGCAGCGCCGAGGAAGACGGCUGUCAGAUGCCUAGCUGCCAAGGUGGUAGCGUACCACUUCUGCCAGGCUGACAACACCUACACCUGCCUGGUUCCAGAGUUUGUCCACAGUGUCGCUGCCCUGCUGGCCAGAGCACCUCAGCUCACCUCCUACAGGGAGCUGCUGGUUCAAGAACCCCACCUACAAAACACCCUCAGCUUGCGUUCUUGUGUUCAAGACCCCAUUGCUGCCUUCAGGAAGGGGGUGCUAGAGCCUCUUUCCAACUUGAGAAAAGAACGGAGGCUACCCGAGGAAGACUAUAUCAUACUGGUCGACAGUCUUAAUGAAGCAGAGUUUCAUAAGCCAGACUACGGGGAUACAAUCGCUACUUUCAUCACCAAAAUAAUCUCCAAAUUUCCUCUCUGGCUAAAGCUGGUGGUCACAGUCAGGACAGGCCUGGUGGAGAUUACCACGCUCCUUCCGUUUGCUGGCAUUUCGCUGGACAUCCUGCCGGACAGCAGUGACCUGGGAGCUGACCUCAGUGACUACAUCCACCACCGGGUCAGCGGAAGCAACCAGAUCGCCACAAAUGUCACCACGCCGACCGGCUCCGCUCCGGAUCCGCUGCUUCUCAGCAAGUUCAGCAGUCACCUGUCGACCCGCAGCCACGGCUCCAUCCUCUACUUACAGCUGACUCUGGAUCUGUUCCACAAAGGUCACCUGACUCUGAAAGGAGGGAACUACCUGGUGGUGCCUGUCUCCCUGUCAGAGGUGUACCUGCUGAUGUGUCGCGUGAGCUUUCCGGAUAAGGACGUCUUCGAACGAGUGCUUCCAGUGCUAAAUGUGGCUCUGGCGUCUCUGCACCCACUGACUGAUGAACAAAUGUUCAGGGCACUGAAUGCAGGCAGUGUGAAGGGGGAGCUGGAAUGGAACGACUUCCAGCAGAGAUUAGACAGUCUGACUGGAUUCAUGGUUCGACGCAGGGAUGGAACACGGAUGCUGUGUCAUCCCUCCUUCAGGGAGUGGCUGGUCUGGAGAGCUGAUGGGGAAAGUGGAGACUUUCUCUGUGACCCUAGGAGUGGCCACGCUCUCCUGGCGUUCAUGUUCUCCAGACAGGAGGGAAAGCUGAACCGGCAGCAGACGAUGGAACUGGGACACCACAUCCUCAAGGCUCACAUAUUCAAGGGUCUGAGUAAGAAGACCGGUGUGUCCUCCAGUGUUCUUCAGGCUGUGUGGAUUAACUGCAGCACUGACAGUUUGUCUGCUGCACUGGGCUCCCUGAGAAACCUGUACACACCGAACAUCAAGGUCAGUCGUUUGUUGAUGCUAGGUGGUGCAAGUGUGACCUGGUCUACAGAGGUGAUAGGACACGCCCCCAUCCUGGCAGUCCACGCCCACCUGGGUCACGCUGAGAUGGUUGCUUUGCUGUUAGAGAUGGGCGCUCCUGUAGACGGGACCACUGGCAGCGGCAUGACGCCCCUGUGUUUGGCAGCUGCUGCAGGGCAUGCAGACAUUGUCAGCUUGCUCUCAAAGAAAGGAGCUAAGGUGGGUCAUGCUGAUAAGAGCGGCCAAUGUGCGCUGGUCCACGCUGCGCUGAAGGGCCAUGCAGAAAUCAUCAACAACUUGCUGGGCCAUGAUUGGGGAGCAGAGAUCCCCACUGAUCCGCAGUUGCAUCAUGGCAAUGAAGCUGUCGUAGGGAAAGCACAGGCAGCCCAGCAGGCAGUGACUGCUGCAGCCAGCGUGGGACACACACAGGUGGUGAAAAGCUUUCUGGACUUGAAAGAUGAACAGCUGGCAGUGCAGAUGGACGCUCACGACUCACUCUGGGGAGAAACGGUCCUGACCGCUGCAGCAGGAAGAGGCAGGUUAGAGGUCUGUGCUUUCCUCCUGGAGCGGGGGGCGGGGCUGGAAGUACCAAACCGCAGAGGAAUGGUCCCGUUGCUUAGCGCCGCCAAGCAUGGACACACACAGGUUGCAGAGCUUCUUCUAAAGAAAGGUGCAGACAUGAACGUCAGCGACAAACAGAGCCGCACCGCGCUGAUGCUGGCUUCCUCUGAGGGCCACACCGGCACGGCGGAGCUCCUGCUGUCACACGGAGCUUCCACGUCCUCUGUUGAUCACGAGGGGCUGACUGCAAUCAGCUGGGCUUGCAUGAAGGGCCAGAAAGGUGCGGUCCAGGUUCUGGUGGAGGCAGGAGCUGACCUGAACCACCCGGACAGGCAGGGCCGGACUCCGCUUGACCUUGCUGCUCUCAAUGGAGAUGCAGAUACGGUGCACAGCCUGGUGGAGCACGGAGCGGUGCUGGAGAGGGCAGACAACAACGAUACCAGAAGUACGGACCGAGCAGCUGGCUGCCAGAAUCCGGCUCUCGUGGCUUUGCUUCUGAAGAAAGGAUCCAAGACGGGCUACAAAACGGCUCCACACGAUCGAUCAGGUCACGCUACGUGGGCUAUGGCUUCCUCCAAACCAGACAUCCUCCUUAUCCUGCUGCAGAAGCUGAUGGAGGAAGGGAACAUACUAUACAAGAAAGGACGUAUGAAGGAGGCCGGCCAGCGCUACCAGUACGCUUUGAGGAAGCUACCCCGAGAGGGGCAAGGGGAGGAGCUGAAGGGCCUCAGAGACCUGCGGGUCUCCCUCUACCUGAACCUCUCACGCUGCCGCAGAAAAACCAACGAUUUUGGCAUAGCUGAGGACUUUGCAACAAAAGCACUGGAGCUAAAACCGAGGUCCUAUGAAGCCUAUUACGCCAGAGCACGAGCCAAGAGGAGCAGCAGACAGUUUGCUGCAGCACUGGCAGACCUCCACGAAGCAGCACGACUCUGCCCGUCCAACCGGGAGAUCCGACGCCUGCUGGUGCGAGUAGAGGAGGAAUGCAAACAUUAUCAGAAGAUAUCUGGCAGCAGCACGACGCAGGGUUACAACAGGGACCCUCACACCCACCACCAUCAAACCACAGAGGAAGAGAGAGACAUUUAUUCACAGGGAAGUCUAGAGAGGCAAAUCCCUGUUGAGCUGGCUGAUGUAGAGGGGGAGCGGGGGGAGGAGGUGGGUCUGCACUGUGGGAAAAGUCCAGAAUUCUGGCCUCUGAAUCCGUACGCUUCUGACAGGACACUCCCUGGAGGUGUCGCGAUUGGUUUGGACGAUCCGUCUCCGUGUUUACCUCCAGAGGAAUAUGUGCAGAACCAGCUGUUUGUGGACAUGACUGAACCUGUUAAUCCCGUCAGCAGACAGAACCAGAGCAUCAGGACUCAUCACAACUGUCACUCCCUGCAGUCAGGAAGCAGAGGUGGGGUUAGGCCUCUGUCGCUGUGUGGACCUUCUAGUCCUCUGCCAGGCAGACACAUGUCUGCCUCCCUGAGGCCGGCUCCAUCAGUCGGUAUCGACAUCGGUCAUGGAUCAGCCAAUGAACAUUCUCGACACAGUCCCACCGAGCAUUAUCUUCCCCUGUCUCCCAACAGCUCGUCCCCACCUGGACCUCUUCAGAUGUACCAGCCACGUUCCUCCAACUUUUCCAGGGGCUCGGAAAGACUGUCCACCCAUGCUGUGCCUCAGGAUAGCCUGGCUCUCGCUCUGGGGUCUGGGAUGGAGGUUAGAUGGGACGGUGGUGGAGGAGGAACGGCGGGCUCAAGAGGCUCCAGCUCCAGUCAGGCCUCCAGUGGAAACAUGUCAGAUGGAGGAAGGCAGCAGGCGUCAGAUGCCCCCUGCCCCAUCAAGAGCAGCGGCAGCUUCAAGUCAAAACCUGAGCUGAAGCCUCGGCCCUUCAUGGGAGUCAUGGACAAAGCAGUGCGAGUCCAGGGUCAGCAGACCUCAGGUCUGAGUCGACAGGGUCAGGGAGGAGGGGGCGCGGAGAGCUUCAGCAUGUCAAUCAUGGAGUUCCAGGGGCAGAACAAUGAGUUAAAACGCACCUCAUUCCAGGAGCAGCUCCCUGGAAGCCAGCAGCAGAGCAGGGAGUUUGGAGAACGUUCCCAUCAGCGAGAGACCAGAGGCUCUGCAUCCUCCCAGCUCCUCUUCCCCGAGGGCAGGAGCAGACAGGCGAGCCUUACAAGAGACAACCCAGCUCUGCACGUGGCUCCCAUUAAACCCAAACGCUCAUUUAUAGAGUCCAACGUCUGAAUUUAGAUUAUCAAAGCACAGAGACGGGCUGUUUUCAACAUGCUGUGCUCCACAUAAGGUAGCAAGGGGGAAGCGCUCCCUUCCCCGUGCCUGUUGUGUAGAUUUCUGCUGCUGCGCUGCAUUCCCAGUCUAGAACCAGUGUUCAACUCAGGCCACAAUGCUUUUGCUUACAUGUAUACAGCUAGACAUACCUUAAGUGGGGAUAAAAAAAAUAAUGUAUAGAUCUCAACUUUUAAGUAGUUAUAUCAAUACAUAAUCAGAAAAGGCUUUGUGCACCAAUAUACGAAACCUCGUGCUGCUAGCUGCAGGUUAUGACCAUUUCUAUUGUCAAGUGUCUUCUAAAGAACAUUUAUAUUUGUACGGUGUACACUACAUUUGUAGAAUCCUUGUGAUCGGUCAGCAUAAGGGGCUUUACGAGCAACAACUUUGUGUACUGAGAAUUCUCUCUUGGUGCAUUUGAUAAAACAGACAACACUGUAAAUGACAUGAUCGGAAACCUCUUGUCAUAAUUUAACAUGAUUGCCUAAAUCUUCACAGUAUACAUAAUGUUAUUUAUUUUUGCAUAGAGAACAUAUUCAGAUGAAGAGUUAAUGAAGUUUGCUGCACACAGAAUGUAAGACAGGGGGAAAAAACAGCAGAUUUAAUAGAUUGCAUUAUGUUCAUAGUUGUCAAAACCCCUUUACAGUUAUGUCAUGAUAAACAGAAUGUCACCACAUUAUAAGUGUGGUUUAAUAAAACUAUUAAAGGAGAAUGACA